GAUGGCAACAUCCACCAGUCUGUUCUGCCCCCAUCCUCAUACCUCUCAGAGGUGCUGAGUGUGAGCUACUGUAACCCAUAAAUUACAGCUGCAAGAUGGCGAUUGUGCGACUCAUAGCGUGUCUUAUUCUCUACAGCAGCCUGGGUCACAUUCCAUCAUCACUCGGGGUAAUCCUCCGAACCACGGACAAGAUUGUUUGGGCAAAUGAGUUUGAGCCCAUUGAACUGACCUGCUUAAUAGAGUCCAUCUCCACAAACAACCCGAGGAUUGAGUGGAAGAAGAUUAAGAACGGUGUCCCCAGCUAUGUAUACUUUCAAAACAAGAUAGCAGGGGACUUGGAGCACAGAGCUCAGCUCAGAGAACCAGCCAACAUCCUGAUCUUCAACACCACCCGGUCAGACACUGCAGAGUACCGCUGUGAGGUGGCUGCCAUCGAUGAUCAAAGGGACUUUGAUGAGAUACUUAUUAGCCUUGCAGUAAGAGUGAAACCUGUAGUGCCAAGGUGCAGUGUGCCUGAGGCUGUCACAGUUGGAACAUCAACGGAGCUGCGAUGUCUGGAAAAUGAGGGCUUCCCCGCUCCACAGUACCGCUGGUUCCACAACAGCGAGGAGCUUCCCCAGGACCCAAAAAACAGUCCUAAGCUGGUCAACUCUUCAUACAGCAUCAACCCUGACACUGGAGGCCUGAAAUUUCGAAGCGUGAGGAAGGAGGACGCAGGGGACUAUUACUGCCAGGCAAAGAAUGACGCUGGACAUGCACAGUGCCCGCCUCAAACUAUGGAAGUCUAUGAUGUGGACAUCCUUGGGAUCUUCUUGAAAGGGUUCGGUGCGUUGGUUGUGUUUUUCUGUUUGGCUGCCUCCAUCUGUCACUCCCUUAAACGAGGAUGUUUUGACAAAAAAGGUCACAAUGAAAACAACUACAACUGGCCAGCACAGAAUAAUGGAGUUGAAUACGGUGAUGCAGACGAGGGGCAUUUUCGCCACAAGUCUUCAUUCAUCAUUUGACAGCCAAGAUGGAGGAAGAGGUGGAAGAAGACAGACAUUAAACUGCUGAGGUUAGCUUGCUACAGUGUUGCUCCAGGUAGGAAAAUGUGAGGUGUAAAACAAGGCACAUUAUUCUCUAAUGCACAUCAAAUUCAAAUCAACCGACUUGCCAAAGUAAUUUUAAUAUCAUUUCGUAGCACUCUUUCAUGUUUUUAUAAUAUUGUAGCAUUUUUUAAAUGUACACAUUUCUGUUAGUGACAUAUUCCAUUUAAAUCAUUAUUUUUUAAAACCUUUUGUCUUCACUCAGUUUUUCACCGUUGUUUUUUAGUAGCAACCCUUUCAAAGCUGUGGAUUUUGAUAUUGGGCUCAUGGUGUCAUUACAAAAGAUGCUGGAAGCUACAUUCCUUUACUGUUUUUGGACAAAUCCUCUUUUAUAACUUUUUACUGAAUACACUGAAAUUGUUUUACAGAAUUACUUUACAUUGUCUACGUUGGUAAGAUAACCAUGUUCAGAUUAAGUUUCACAUGGGGAAGAGUUGAAACCUGUUUUUGUAUAUACUGUAGUUGAACAGGCAAUAAGCAGCAGACUGUAAACGGCUGAUCAGCUCGGACUCCUAAGGCACAAUUUAUCAGCCUUUCUUAUAAUAAUAGAUGAUAACUAGUAUGUAUGAGUGCAGAGUAACCUUUGAAUUUGAAUACCUUAUAUCCAACUAUGCUGCAGAGUCAAUAUGUACCAUAAAGGUGGUGAAGUAUGAUUUUUAGAGUGCUGUUUCUGUGUAUAAGUGACCUUCUGUGCUUUACUAAUUAUUUUCUGAGUAUAGGACAUAUUGUCCAGUUUUGACUCAGUAUUUAAUGUACAUAAUUACAUACAGUUUUUGAUCUUUUCAUUUUCUUACAUUACGCACCAUACCUUAGUGUAAAUACGCAAUGAUGCCGUUUGUUGAAAAUCAAUUUACAGUAUUAACUGUUCAGUGUGUUUCUGCAGUGUUGAGACUGUCUUUCAAACAUUAGUGUCAAGGAUUUGUGUAACAACUCAGGAACUGUUGUAAAUGUCCACUGUUUAUUUGAUAUUAAGGCUCUCUGUUCAUGUUAUUUUGUUACUAUUAAAAACA